CUAAGGAGGAAGAAACAAGUAGAUCCAUAUACAGGCAAAACUGGUAAGAUUGAAGCAGCAAAAGGAAUAUAGCCUCCUCAAAGGUAGAUGCUAAUGUCUGAACUCUGAAGGUGGGCAGAGGUUUUCUUGACCAAAAGAAUGCGACGACUCAAAACCGGAAUUAAAUCCGCUUGAAAAAGUUCCACAUCAAACUCUGCAGUCUGCACUGUACAUAAACAAGAGAAGAGAAUACCACAUGGAGUUGGUCUUGUGCUUUGACUGAUUCAUACGGAAGCAUCAUUCUUCAUGGGAGACAGCCUGUCUACGCGUAGUUGAAAUUGUGGCUGUCUGAAUUUGACCAGGAACAGCAGCUAAGCCAGGGAUUUUCUCCUCCUGAACUCAGCCUCCUGAUAGCAACACAAGUUUUACUUUAUAGAUAGACUAGGCUACAUAGCAAGCAUGGUCAAUACUCUAACUCAGAAACUAACAGAAAAACAAGAACUUCAUUGACUCUAUGUUAGUAACCAUGGAAAACAAGACGAGCAGCUGGAUAUGGCUGUGAUCCUGAACACGUGCCCUUCAUGCCUGAGGACACCACCAGAGAGGAUAUGUGAGCUUGAGAAGAAGCACGCUCAUCAGCUCAAACCAUUCGCCCAGACUCCAGUCUCCAGCCAUGGCACCCUUCUUCUCCAUCCUGCCGGUCCUAUCACUGCUUCCCCUCCUCUCAAGCGCAGCAUCUCCAGACACCCUACCGCUAAGAUCCUCACUCUCCGUCGACAAGCACCAGACUGACGUCCUGCGUUCACCAAACGGCACUUUCACCUGCGGCUUCUACAGCGUCUAUGAUAACGCCUUCACCUUCUCGAUAUGGUACACCAACUCGGCGAACAAGACCGUUGUCUGGACCGCGAACCGUGACCGCCCCGUGCACGCCAGGGCGGCGGCGGUCACCCUGCGGAAGGGUGGCGCCUUGGUUCUCACGGACUACGACAGUGAGGUGGUGUGGCAAGCAGAAGGCGACACGGCAGGUGUGCAGUAUGCCCAGCUCUUGGACACCGGGAACCUUGUCAUGAAGAACUCCAGCGGCAGGGUUGUGUGGCAGAGCUUCGAUUCACCAACAGAUACCCUGCUGCCCACCCAGCACAUCACCGCAUCAACAAAGCUGGUCUCCAUCACUGGAUUGCACGUCCCAGGUCACUACAUGUUUCAUUUCACAGACUCGUCGAUAUUGUCCCUUAUAUAUGAUGAUGUCGACGUUCAUGAAAUAUAUUGGCCAGACCCUGACAAUGGAGAGUAUCAGAAUAACAGGAAUCGGUACAACAGUACAAGGCUAGCGGUUCUAGAUGAUGCUGGCAAUUUUUUUUCGAGUGAUUUUGUCAACCAGAAAGCACUUGUUGCCUCUGAUGAAGGUAAUGGGAUCAAAAGAAGGCUUACUCUGGAUCCUGACGGCAAUCUCCGACUCUACAGCUUGAACAAUUCAGAUGGAAGAUGGUCAGUUUCCUGGAUUGCAGUGUCUCAGCCGUGCAAUAUUCAUGGAUUGUGCGGCCCAAAUGGGAUCUGCCAUUACUUGCCUAUGCCUACAUGCUCCUGCCCACCGGGUUACGUGAUGAGCAACCCUGGUAAUUGGAGCCAAGGUUGUAGAGCUGUAGUAGACAUCACCUGUACAUUUCAGCAAGCGCAACCUGUCAAGUUCUUGCGACUUCCAGGCACCGACUUUUGGGGAUCCGAUCAAGGCCAUGUCGAGCAUGUAUCCUUACAGGCUUGCAAGAACAUAUGCAGGAGUGAUUGCACCUGCAAAGGUUUUCAGUACCAGCAAGGAUCAGGGACAUGCUAUCCAAAGGCUUUCCUUUAUAAUGGGAAAGCAUACCCGGCACCUACAAAAUCGACGCGCAUGAUGUAUCUCAAGCUCCCAGUGGGCUUGAAUACUUCAGGUAUUUCGAUGCCGCAAACAAAUGUGCUUAUUUCAAGAAAGAAACAUCCUGACUGUAGCCAGAUGAGCGAAUCAACGAUGGAACUGUUUCCGGAUAUUCACAAGGCCGGACAGGGGGAAGCAAAAUGGUUUUACUUCUACGGGUUUGCAGGUGCAAUUUUUGUUCUUGAAGUUUUCUUCAUUGCAUCUGCUUGGUGCUUCGUUUUGAGAUGGGAGUUGGGAGCAUCCGAAAUACUAGCAGUUGAGGAAGGCUACAAGGUGAUGACUAGUAACUUCAGAAGAUACAGUUACAAAGAGUUGGUUAAAGCAACCAGAAAGUUCAACGAUGAGCUUGGAAGAGGAGGCUCAGGGAUUGUCUACAGGGGAAUCUUGGACGACAAUCAACCAGUUGCUGUUAAGGUGCUGGAAAAUAUCAGGCAAUGCGAGGAGGAGUUUCAAGCGGAGUUGCGGAUAAUUGGGAGGAUUAAUCAUAUGAACCUAGUAAGGAUAUGGGGUUUUUGCUCCGAAAGCUCACACAGGAUGUUGGUUACUGAGUAUAUUAAGAAUGGAUCAUUAGCUAACAUCCUAUUCAAAGACAACAUUCUGCUAGAGUGGAGGCAGAGAUUUAAUAUUGCAUUAGGUGUCGCAAAGGGUUUGGCUUAUCUUCACCAUGAAUGCCUUGAGUGGGUAAUACACUGCGACGUGAAGCCAGAGAACAUACUGUUGGAUCAGAAUCUAGAACCCAAGAUUGCCGACUUUGGGUUGGCAAAGCUGCUGAACAGAGGUGGCUCCAAUCAGAAUGUGUCGAGAGUGCGAGGAACCAUAGGCUACAUCGCUCCAGAGUGGAUCAGCAGCCUGCAGAUCACAGCCAAAGUUGACGUGUAUAGCUAUGGGGUUGUGCUUCUUGAGCUAGUGUUGGGAAAACGAGUUCUUGACUUAGCAGUAGGUGCUGAGGAGGUGCAUAAGGUGCUAAGGAAGCUUGUAGAAAUGCUAGCUGAUAUGUUGCAUAAAGAAGAAUCCUCUUCAAUUGCUGAGGUUGUGGAUAGCAGGCUGAACGGCCAAUUCAACUACAUGCAGGUAGGAACACUGAUCGAAUUGGCUGUCUCAAGCUUGGAUGAAGACAGAAGCAAAAGACCAACAAUGGAAUCUAUAGUGCAGACACUCCUUUUAGCUGAUGAAUCUUGUAGUAUGUGGUAGGGUGGAUGUUCGAUGUAAUGAAUUGGUGACAAGCAGGAUGUGAGUUAUUGAAAUCUAAUUUUUUAGUACUACUUCAUUGUAUGUCUAUUGACUAUAAGAAAAUAACCUCUUGUACUAAAAUUUCUCCAAUAGUGUUAUUUUUUUUUCCUUUUCUACUA